AUGAAUCUAUCACUUAGCGGAAGAAAGAUUGCUAUCGACGAGUUGCUAAAAGAUUGUGACAGUUUCCGAAAAGGAGAUUCCCCCGACAGCGAAAAAAGCGAUGAUCAUCACGUGAUAGAUGUCGAAGCCUUACACCUAAAACCUGUCCCGUUCGUCCUAGCUUUCAACAAUCUUGAAUACGACGUCAUACUUGGACGUCGUUUUGGUUUCUCACGGCGAAGCGGAGUAAAGACUCUACUUGAUGAUGUUUCCGGCGAGGCUUGUGACGGAGAUAUCCUCGCCGUUCUUGGUGCAAGUGGAGCAGGUAAAUCUACGUUGAUCGAUGCAUUAGCGGGGAGAGUUGCUCAGGGAAGCUUAAAAGGCUCCAAAACGAUCUUCACAGAGUUCGCUCUUGAUUUAGUUCGAGAACUCGAAGGAUCCAACGAAGGAACAAGAAGUUUAGUUGACUUCAAUGAAAAGUGGCAACAAAACAAGCUCAGUUUCAGCCAAUCUGCUCCACAGACCAACAAGUUCGAGCUAGACAGCCCAUUAACCUUAAAAGAAGCAAUCAAUGCAAGUGUUUCUAGAGGUAAACUAGUCUCAGGCUCAUCCAGAGCCAAUCUUGUUUCCAUGGAAACAGUAUCUUCAUACGCAAACCCGUCGUUGUUCGAAACAUUCAUCUUAGCCAAACGGUACAUGAAAAACUGGAUGCGGAUGCCUGAGCUUGUAGGAACACGGAUUGCUACCGUAAUGGUGACUGGCUUUCUAUUAGCCACUGUGUAUUGGAAGCUAGACCACACUCCAAGAGGAGCACUAGAGAGAUUGACCUUGUUCGCUUUCGUUGUGCCAACAAUGUUCUACUGUUGUUUAGACAAUGUCCCCGUUUUCAUCCAGGAACGAUACAUUUUCUUGAGAAAGACAACACACAACGCGUAUAGAACAUCUUCCUACGUUAUAUCUCACUCUCUCGUGACUCUUCCUCAGCUCAUUGCCCCUUCCUUAGUUUUUUCCGCGAUCACAUUUUGGACUGUUGGAUUGAGCGGCGGACUAGAGGGUUUCUACUUCUAUUGCCUCAUAAUCUACGCCUCUUUUUGGUCAGGAUCCUCCGUCGUUACAUUCAUAUCCGGUGUUGUUCCCAAUAUCAUGUUAAGUUACAUGGUCGCCAUUUCCUAUCUCGCCUAUUGUUUACUGUUGAGUGGAUUCUACGUCAACCGGGAUCGGAUACCGGUCUACUGGACAUGGUUUCAUUACAUUUCACUGCUGAAAUAUCCAUAUGAGGCUGUCAUAAUCAACGAGUUUGAUGACCCGUCUCGAUGUUUUGUUAAGGGAGUCCAAGUAUUUGACAGCACUCUUCUCGGAGGAGUAUCUGAUUCCGGGAAAGUUAAGCUCCUUGAAACUCUCGGUAAGUCUCUGAAUACGAGAAUAACGGAAUCCACCUGCUUGAGGACCGGGUCUGACCUACUUGCGCAGCAAGGUAUUACUGAGUUGAGCAAGUGGGAAUGCUUGUGGAUUACGUUUGCGUCAGGUCUCUUCUUUAGGAUUUUGUUUUACUUUGCCUUGCUGUUUGGAGGCAGGAAUAAGAGGACGUGAAGGUUACUAGACCCCACAAAAACUUGUGUGCAUUAGCCAAGUAUUUAAGUAAAAAGGUUGAAGGAUAAGUCUCCCAGUGAUGUAAUUUUAUG